AUGAGUCUGGCUGAAAUCUGUGAAAAUGCCAAGAUGGCGCGGGAAUAUGCUCUUCUUGGUAAUUAUGACACAUCGCUGGUGUAUUACCAAGGAGUCAUCCAGCAGAUACAGAAGCACAUCCAACAACUUAAAGAUGAUGCCAUCAUGAAACAAGAAUGGCAUCAGGUGGGUUGCCUGUUUAUUGUGUUAGAAAAGUCACCUAGAUUAAAAAUAGUGGAGGCCCGCUCCUGAGUUAUGUGAUCUGAAAUUUCAUCAGAUGUAGUACAUAUAAAGCAAUAUAUAAACAGGAUAGCCGAAGCUUCUUUGUUGAAAAAUAUGGCUCGCAGAACUACUACUACUAGUACUACUACUACUUGGAAGGUUUUGUUGUCUGUUUUUUAACCAUAAACAUUACUAAUUUUUUGGCCUCAUUCGAAGGUGCGUCAGUCGAUUGUCAAGGAAUAUGACCAAGUCAAAGAGAUAAAUCAAACUCUUGCCAACUUCAAGAAAGACACUGUUCAUUUUGGUGGUCCACGGCGUUCAAAUGAGGAUGAGCCAACUAGAGACCCUGAUGUUUGGCCUCCACCCACACCAGUGGAAAGAGAUCACAGGUAAAUGAAAGGCAAGAGAGUUGUUCUCAUUUUGCAUCUUUUUCCAUGAAGCAUUUAAUAUUUAGGAGUAAAAACAAUCCCACCCUUAGGAAAGAUGUGAUAAUCAUGCCAAUAGCAUGGAACAAAGAAAAAAGUCUCGAGUCUCAAAUCAGGUCCUGCACUGAUCAUGCCAUGAGAUGAUUGAGUCCUGAAAUAACCAGACAUUUUUGUAAUAUAGGGACUGGAAUGUUGAAAUUUUGUACUAACAUGCACAAAUUUUACUUCAUCAAAUAACACACUUGAACUAAUUACUAGCCAGUUAGUUAGCUUCUGACAGCAACAUAUUCAGCAAAUUCAUUUUAACUCAACAAUCAGUCACACUAAGGAAAUAAUUAACCCAUCGCAAAAUGUUUCAUGUUCUUUACAACCCUUUCAAGGCCUUCCAAACCUGCUCCACGUCCAGUUGUCAGGAAAAAUGAUGAUUACAAUCCCUCAGUUAAUCGCCCAUCUGCAGGACCAAGCAGACGUCCUGACCGUGAGCGAGCUGCAGAUAAGGGAGGACGCAAACCAGCUAGUGCAGCAAGCAAUAAACCUUCACGUGAACCCAGGCAGGCUGACAGAGGGGAUAGAGGGCGUGGCCAGCAAAAAGGAGACAAAGACAAGGGUGCUGCUAAGAAAGAGCACAAGGCAAGAAAGAUCCAUUGUAAUUUAGUAAAUAUAAAAAUAAUACAGUUGACACAUUUGGGGCCAGCUAUAGGUGUCUGUUUUAGAGAUCUGUCCAUCAAAUACUUAUAGAGAGUCAGCUAAAAGGAGCAAAGAAGGGUAGGGACCAACUCCAGGUGUCAGUUACUGUUUGAGCAAUGUGUUAAUUUGAUUCACUAUUUAAAAACAAGAAGGAAACUGAGUUGAGUUAACGUUCACAAAGAGAAGAGUCUUUUUUUAAAUUUUUUACAGCAUUAUUUCACUAACUGCUCAUAACACUUUACAAAUCAUUCUACAAAAUCUAUUUACAAUUUAUUAAUGCUACAAAAUCUAUUAAUACAAAAUCUGUUUACAAUGAAUACUCUAGAAAUAAGUAAUCUUAAAGGCAUUGAUGUUGGCAGACAUCAUUGCUGUCCCUGUUACCUGGGACAGGAAAGAAAAAUUGGCCAACAGCUGACCAGCCCUAGUACAAUCUGAGAAACAAUAAAAUGUUUAUAUUGCGGGUGCAUUUUGGCUCCAGCUCCCUUCUCAUUCCUAAAGUGGCGAAUAUAGAGGUAGGUAUCCAUGAAGACAGAGUUGGGCAAAAACAAUAAUAUUAUUAGUAGCUUUUCCUAAGGUGUUUUUUUGUUGUAUCUCCAGUUUAAUACAUGUAAUAUUGAUACCAACAGGGUGAAAGUAAAGAGGAAGGUGAGGGCGAUGGUGAGAAGAGAUUUGAUGGCAGUGGCUAUGAUAAAGAUCUGGUUGAGGCCUUAGAAAGGGAUAUUUUGCAGAAGAAUCCUAAUGUUCAUUGGUAUGGACUUGUAAUAAUUUUUAAAAGUUGAUUAAUACAGUUUGACUAAAUUCUGAGAAUGAAAUAAAUGCCUUGCAUGUGUCUCAAGUGAAAACUUUGAGGUGAUUACAUCCACAAAUGGCUUGACAUCGUUAAAUUGAAGUAUCAGUAAUCAAUAUGUGAUAUGAGCAGUCUUUUCCAGUAAAUUAAAAACAGACAAGCCAUAUGAUCUGCACUGUUUCCUCAGGCAUCAUUUCAUAGGGAAACUGUUGCUGGUGUGCCAAAAUGUUGGAUGUUUUCUUCAUUUGUUGUUUGUUUCAUAUUGCAGGAGUGACAUUGCUGGUUUAGGAGAGGCAAAAAAGCUGUUAGAAGAAGCAGUGGUGUUACCCCUUCUUAUGCCAGACUACUUCACAGGUAUCCGCCGGCCAUGGAAGGUACGUUUUGUAGCAGGUUUUUUUUGUCACCCAAGGAAAUAUAAAGUUGCAAUAAAUUCCAAAAAUGUAAAAUUUUAAAAAAGAAAAAGCAUGUGGUGGCUAUGAGAGUUUAGAUACAGAAAACUUUUUGGCAUCUCUUUUUUCAACCCAAAACUACACUGUACAUCUCACUAACUGAUGUACUUUAUGGGUACUUACUGGUACUUUUGCAGGUCUUUUAAUUUUGCGUUUUUGUUGAUUGUUAAAAAAUCCCAAAAUUAGACCUGCAAAUAAAAAUCCUUGCAAAAUUUAAACACAUAGAAUUUAAUUCUCGUGAAGAAAAUUCAAAUCACACAAAAAAGUGGUUAACAUGUUAUAACAACACAUAAAUUGUUAACUUAUUUUUACUGUUAAGUUCUAUUUUUUAUUUUCUGUAGUGAAAUGAUGUAAAUGUGUAAAGAUUUCAUAUAUGGAGUGGAGAGUAGAGCUAUCAUCUGCUUGUUCCAGUUUAUUAAAAAAUUUUUAAAAGUUCAGACUUUUUGAAAGGUAAAAUGAAGUUGAAAGCACAUGGAUCAUGAAAUUUAAUGCCCAAUUGAAAUCGUGAAAAUAAACUCCUUGAAAUUAAGUGCCUGCGAAAUUAAGCAACAUUAAGGUACGUAACAUCACCAUGUACAUGUAGAAGGCCCUUGACUUUGUUUGUGCAAAAAUUGUUCUCAUUUUCUACUCUCUCCAGGGAGUAUGUAUGGUGGGUCCUCCAGGAACUGGAAAGACAAUGUUAGCUAAAGCUGUGGCUACAGAAUGCGGUACAACAUUCUUCAAUGUCACAUCAUCAACGCUUACAUCUAAAUAUCGUGGAGAGUCUGAAAAGCUUGUCAGACUGUUGUUUGAAAUGGCAAGUACUGUAGUUAUAUACUAAUCAUUAUCGGUUUGUUGUUUUUCUUGUAUCCAAACUUCUCAUGGAAUUCAUUAAAACUUCUUGGAAUUUGAAGUAGUAAAUUAUUUCCUACCAUGGUGCUAGAAAACUCUGUGAUUUUUUUUUUUGGCUCUAAAUAGGUGGAAAAAUCCUGGUAUUUGUUGUUUAUUUAUAUACUGCUGGAUAAAUGUGGCAUGGGAUGCAGUGGAGCACAGUAAAAACCUGUGACUAAGAACGUGCAUUUUCUGAAGUUAGCCUAAACAGGUUCUUACAUAAAUGGUAUUUAGCACAAAUUUACGCUAUUUAGGUUCUUAUUUUUUUUUGUAGCUAAGAGUAUUUAGUGGUAUUCAGCUCAUUUCUUAGGUAAAACCUCAUUAUACACGGUUACAAUUGCAGCUGGAGUGAUAAGGCACCUUUGUCUCCAAAAACAAAUGGUCUUGGAAAAUAAGAACCUUUUUCAAAUUUUAGGCCAAGCAAGUUCUAAUAUAGAUGGGGCCUAACUGACAAAUUUUAGCCUAGCAGGUUGUUAAAAACUAGGUUCUUAGUCGCAGGUUUUUACUGUAGCCAUUGCAUUCCAUGCUGAUAGGAGUAAAUGGGUUGUCUUGCUGGGAUAUGGUCAAGAAUGGGAUAUUUUGGUGUAAUGUUUUUCACAGGCUCGAUUUUAUGCUCCGAGUACAAUUUUCAUAGACGAGAUCGACUCUAUCUGCAGCAAGAGAGGUUCUGACAGUGAACAUGAAGCUAGCAGAAGGGUCAAAUCUGAGCUACUUAUACAGAUGGAUGGUGAGUGCAGCCGUAACUGGUUAGGUAUUCCAAACCAUCACCUCCUAAAAGGAGCUGUCUCAGUAAAAUGGUUUUCACAAAUGUUCGUAAAUAGUUAAAAAGAUAAAAAUAUGGACUGGACGUUUUGCCGCCAAAGAAUACCCUGUAUUAAAUGCAUCGUUCGAUUUUCCUGUCGGUAGACAGUUUAUGCUGCUCUAUUAAGUUACAGAAAAGAACUUUUCAGCAAUCUUUCUUCAGCUGGGAAUAAGCUGCGUGCUCGUUAAACAAACACUAACGUUAAACGUUUUGAAAACGACAACGCUGUAGUUGUUGUUAGGAGUUUCCUGACCGCGCACAAUCAUUUUCAGUUUUGUUUACAGAUUGUGGUCCUGAAUAAUCGAACUAAUAAUAGCGUUUCUGUAGGUUAGUUUACAGUUCAAAAUAAUAGGAAUGCUAUUAAGCGUUUUCCACGGUGAAGUUUAAAAAAACUAACAAAAACAUAUAACAAAGACUUCAGAAGGGGCUUCUUAGCCAUUGCACUUUAUUGACAUUACUGUUUAAACCAACCCUCAGUUCAAAUGAGGGUUGCCCUCGACAACAAGCUCUCACUGUUAGUUUACGUUGUUUAAGGUUGGGUGUUGGACAUGUGUAUACUGUGCAUUUCAAGAGGUGAAAUAAACAUCAGAAAACUAUAUAGCCUGAUAGCAAGCUCUCCAAUUGUGGCGGGCGAAGGGAGCUGCGAAAGAACGCGCGCGCGUGCGUCGCUAUCGCGUGUGGCUCUCGCGCGACUUCUUACGACUCCCCUGAAUGGAGUUUGCUCGCAUGCUACCAACGUUGAACAAUAUUAACUGCAUGUUUUCGGUGUGUUUGUGUUGUUUAGGUGUUGGUGGUACAGUGGAGGGUGGACCACAACUUGUUAUGGUUUUAGCUGCCACAAACUUUCCUUGGGAUCUGGAUGAAGCCCUGCGCAGAAGACUGGAAAAGAGAGUCUACAUUCCUCUUCCGGAAAGUACGAUGCAGCCUGCGUAAAGAGCUCAGCUCCUUCGCCUGCAUUAAAUUUCUUUUUUUAUUUUCCUUCUCCUUUUUAAACCUUGUACAAGUCCUUAUUCUCCGUAAGAUCGCCGUGAUCAAGUGCUCGCUGUAACAAGGGUUCGUCUCGGUUCUACUCCACCACUCCUUAGGUAGAUAGUCUUCCUCAAAAUGACAACUACAUCUGAAACCAAGAUGGCCGCCUGUUACUGUAAGCGAUUGAUCUCUUACGGCAAAAUAGGAGACAAUAAAGUCCUGGUCCUUUUUGACAUAAGCAUGAAGGCGGGAACUAACUUCAAGUUCGGUAGAAGACAACUCGGUUGAGUGUGUAUUUUUCCCCUCUCUUUUUCUGCCAUAAUCGUUACUUUCUCCGUGAAGACGGACUCCUCCCUUUCUGUCUUGGCCUCCCCCUCUUUUUCUUUCCAGGAAGUUAGAAAGCUAAGAUUUAUUUAUGCAAAAAAGUACUUAACUCCUCAUGAGAUAAUUCUCAGAAUAUUUUUUCAGAAAAUUACCUCAAGGUUACAGAUAACUUUCUUUUCUUUGAAGACAUGCUCCAAUCUUUGCCAUGCAACUAUUCCCAGGAAUACAUGUUCAUCUUUUCACUGGCAUACCCUCCUCACGAACAUUACAUUUUAAUGCAUUGCAUACACUUUUCACUCGCGAAAUUACUACAAACAGUUUUUUCUGUUUCUUUUUUCGUAGCUGUAGGUCGUCUGGAGUUACUAAAGAUCAACUUGCGUGGUGUGAACAUGGCUGAGGAUGUGGUUCUCGAGGAGAUCGCGAAAAAGAUGGAAGGCUACAGUGGUGCGGAUAUCACCAAUGUUUGCAGGUUCGUGUUGAAGAAACAAUUUGAGCAAUGAACCCUGAAUUCCAUGUCGCGCAAGAGUUUUUGUGUCUCUCUUAUUGCGCCAUUUUCCAUGUUGAUUUUCAAAAUGCGCAAAUUUAAGGGGACUUUGAGCUCAACCCCACAUUUUUGGUGAUGUAGUCAAACCUGUAUUAAGCAGUUACCCUUGGGCAGUGGCUUACUGACCGCAUAAUACAGGUUGACCAUUUAAUCCAGGUUUGACAAACCUAAGAAGAUGAUGAUGGUGAAAGAGCGAAAUUUCUAUCCCCUCGAAAAAUUAUAAACAGCUUAAUUACUGUAUUCUUUAUCCUUUCCGGUGUAGGGACGCCUCUAUGAUGGCAAUGAGGCGUCGAAUCAGGGGCUUGACGCCAGAACAGAUCAAGAACUUGCCAAAAGAGGAACUUGAUUUGCCUGUUAACAUGGAAGACUUCGAUCUCGCACUGAAGAAAGUUUCCAAGUCUGUUUCUGAUGCGGACAUUAAGAAAUACGAAGACUGGAUGAAAGAGUUUGGUGCCACAUAAUUGUUAUAAAUCUGGUGCGGUUUAGUUCUGUCGCUUUGUGUGGAAUAGUCAAAGGUCGGAUUUCUCCUAAGAAUCCUUGACAGGUUAUUUACGUGUUGAUGUUUCAACAAGUUACGAAUCGUGACUGUGAAAUAAUUCUUUGUUAAGCCG